UGACUCAUCUCAUUCUGUUUCCAUUCUUCUCUCUCUACGAAGCAAAUCUACUUAGAGAAACACAAACUGAAGUUACGGUAUACGGAGACAGAUUGCGUCUUCGUUUCAAAAUUGGAGUAACAAUGGCGGCCUCUCUGAAAUUGUUCGCGCUCUGCUCAUUGCUACUUCUUGCAAUUGUUGUCUCCAUCAAUGCCGUUUCUAGUGAAGUAGAGAAACAUGAAUUGCAGAGCUUAGUAAGCAACUCAACAAUUGCUGACAGGACAAGCGAAAACCUUGAUAUGAACAAGAAUGGUGAUGCUGUUGAUGAUCCAGAAAUGGUGGCUUCCAUGGUUGGCAUGAGCAUUCGUAAUGGUACAGAAAGGAGGAAGUUAGGCUACUUUUCAUGCGGCACCGGAAACCCUAUGGACGAUUGCUGGCGGUGCGACCCCAACUGGCAGCGCCACCGCAAGCGUCUAGCUGAAUGUGCUAUCGGAUUUGGACGCAACGCCGUUGGCGGCCGUGACGGGAGGUUCUACAUCGUCACAAACCCUAACGACGACGACGCCGUCAACCCCAAACCAGGAACUCUACGACACGCUGUCAUCCAAGACAAACCUUUAUGGAUUGUAUUCAAGAGAGACAUGGUUAUUACCCUAAAACAAGAACUAAUCAUGAACAGUUUCAAAACAAUCGACGCUCGUGGCGUUAACGUCCAUAUCGCAAACGGCGCGUGUAUCACAAUCCAGUACGUCACAAACAUCAUCAUACACGGUCUUCACAUCCACGACUGCAAACAGACCGGAAACGCCAUGGUUCGAAGCUCCCCGUCGCAUUACGGUUGGCGAACGAUAGCAGACGGCGAUGGGAUUUCGCUAUUUGGCGCUAGUCAUGUCUGGAUCGACCACAACUCGUUAUCGAACUGUGCUGAUGGGUUAAUCGAUGCUAUCAUGGGUUCAACUGCAAUUACAAUUUCUAAUAAUUUAUUCACCCACCACAACGAGGUCAUGUUACUGGGUCACAGUGACUCGUACGUCCGUGACAAGGUUAUGCAGGUGACUGUUGCUUACAACCAUUUCGGUGAAGGCCUUGUUCAGAGAAUGCCAAGGUGUAGGCAUGGGUAUUUCCAUGUUGUAAAUAACGACUACACACAUUGGGAAAUGUAUGCUAUCGGCGGAAGUGCAAACCCCACAAUUAACAGUCAAGGAAACAGAUUCCUCGCUCCGGCUAACCCUAAUGCCAAAGAGGUGACAAAGAGAGUGGUAACGACCGGAAAAUGGAAGAAAUGGAAUUGGAGAUCGGACGGAGACUUAAUGUUGAACGGAGCAUAUUUUAUACCAUCGGGUGCCGGAGCAGGGGGGAGUUACGCAAAGGCGUCAAGUUUAAGUGCUAAACCGUCUUCAGCGGUGGCCACUCUUACCUCAGGCGCCGGUGCACUUAUCUGCCGGCGAGGUAGACAGUGUUAGAUCGAUAAAAAAAAUCUUUUAAAAAAAUGAAAACGCAAAAACGAAAGGAAGAGAAUUAGAUGAGAACCCAAUUAUUUUUUACUUUUCGUAAAGGAAAUAAUCUGAUUGAUUGUACAUUUUUCUCUGUGUGAUGUAACUUACAACAACCGGUUUAUUUCCAAUUGCUCAAAGUUCAACCUCGACCGGCUUCCAUGGAGCAGGUACAGAAGCGUUGUUCUAAUCUGUUUACCAACUCUGCAAAUUUACAUAGACUGCGUUGUUUACACAUACUUGUCUCGAUGGAGAGCAAGUAAACAGCAUAUAAAUGUGAUUAGUGAUUGUCAAUUUGUAAUCCCGGCCUUGUUAUUUCAUCAAGGGAAAUGUACUCCUUAUUCAAUAGAUCCGGUUAUAUAAACACAGCGAUUAAUUCUCCGAAA